AUGGCGCAGCGUACGCCAAGCGCCGACACGCGAGGCGGGAGGAGGAAGCGAAGGAAAAAAUACAAACCUGCACCUCCCUCGGGCUUCCUCACUAGCGGGCGGUUACAUGGACGUCUUCCAAAACCAGGAUUAUACCCUGCCAGUGAGGAUUCUGGGAUAAUCCCUGGAUUAUUUAUCGUCAAAUGGUUGGAUACUUCCAGUGAAUCGGUAAGUAGUUGUGAUUAUGUGUGUGAGAUCCAUGCCGGAGGUGCAUGUAGUCGUAUACGACACUCACACUGCGAGUCACCCACUUACAACGCUACACAUUCCAUUACAUCGCCAGACGACAAACCAAAUGUCCGAUGUGGUCCUCCUAAAUGGUCAGCUCCUGUUGCUAAAGCAAGAAUCGUCAUCAGGCGAGAGUCAGUCUCGCUGCUGACUAUAUGGCUGGCUCUACACGGGUUUCUGUCCAGUACCAACACAAACUUCGCAGUCCAGGCCACUGUUUUACGUCCACAACAACAAUCAUUCACCUCCUCACUACCACAACGAAGAUAUUCACUCCUGCCUGUUUCCACCAUCAACGAGAGCGUCUUCAUCUUCUUCAACCCGCCAGCAAUUCCACGUCUCAAAAUUAAUACACUUCAAAUCGUGUCCUUCAACUUUACAGUCUACACACGGAAAGCCCCCGUCGGCGUCAUCAUCAGCAACAACCGCGACAACAAACAUAAAUAUAACAACACGAUAACCAACACGACUGUCAGAGACCCGUCAAACAAAAAGGUUAAAAUAGCGUCUCUGGGCCAUCCAUAUGCCAUCGCAUCUACUUCUAUCAAUCCAACAACCAAACCGAACAAGAGUAAUCGCGCCGAGUUGAAUCUCCCAUUCAGCUCAACCCCAUCGACACAGUCUACUAGCUGGAACUCAACCAACUCAACCCCUAAGAGCAACAUCUCGAACAACUUAGCCAAAAAUAACCAACACAAGAGUCGCACAUACUGGGUGAUGGUCUACUCCGAAGAUGAGUCCGUUGCGCGCCCUGUCAUCACCUCCUCUAACAGACUGGCGAGAUUCUAUGCAGACUCACAGGGCAGCUAUAUUCUGAUGGCCGUGUGGCCAGGGCGACAGUACAGCUUCUCGGUGGAGGCCAGACAUAUUGGCAGGGUCACCAUGUCCGUUGCUGUGGUAGACACUGAUGGUGACAAACGGAUGUCUCAGGUGAGCUAUGUCCAAGCCGUUGCAGCUUCCCAAUAUCCGGUCACAGCUGUUCGAGGGGAACGAGUCGCCGACCUCGUCUUCAACAUUGCCGCCGCGUCCAUCGCCAUUAUAAUCAGCUUCGGCAUUGGCGCUGUCACAGACACUGACAGUGUAAAGAGACAACUGAGGUAUCCAGUUCCUCUGAUCGUUGGGUUCUGCUGCCAGUUCAUCGUCAUGCCGCUGAUGGCGUUUGGCCUGGCCAUGACCCUGCCGCUGGACAAGGACGUGGGGUUCGGUCUGCUGUGUGUGUCCUGUGUCCCUGGGGGUGGCUUCGGACACGUCGCUGUGGUCAUUGCUGAUGGAGACCCUGGACUUAGUCUGGCUAUGAACCUUAUCAGCGCUGUGGCUAUGCUAGGAACCGCCCCGCUGUGGAUCUUUGUACUGGGCCAGUACUUUCUGGCCGACUCGCAUUCCAUUCUCAACCCUCACGUGAUCCCCAUCUACCACUUCGAAGUGUGGCUGGUGUGCAACUUCCUCGCCUACGCGGCGGGACUCACCAUCAAGCGGAUGAGGCCUGCAGUAGCCGACGCCAUCCUCAUGUGGUUCAUCAAACCGUUCUUGUUGCUAGCCUGCAUCCUCUACGUCACCCUGGGCGUCUACAUCAACAUGUACGUGUUCGAGCUGGUCGACGGGGCAGCACUCCUCUCCGCCAUGCUUCUGCCGCUCAAUGGUUGCCUGAUGGGCGCGGCUCUGGCGGCCGUCUGUCGGCAGAGCUACGCCCACAUGAAGACUAUAGCUCUGGAGACUUGCAGUCUCAACUGCCUGAUCGUCAUGGUAGCGCUGAGAUUCUCCCUAAAGCAACCAGACGCCGAUCUGGCGGCCGUGACCCCCAUUUGGGUCAUGUUUACAAUUCCAGGACUGUUUGUGGUGCUUGCCUUCUGCAACAAGGUGAAGAGCAUCAUCCUCAUGUUUUGGAGGAACCGAGGCAACAAGGACAGCGAUGCGCAGAGCUCGUCUAAAGCUUACUCCAUCAGCUCUUCCAUGAUCAGCCCGCCUGGCACAACAACGCUGUCAGCUCCCCUGGUCACGGCUGACGGGUUGGACGAUGACGUCACAAUCAGCAGCAGCAGCAAUCAAAGGGUGACAGUUUUGUAG